GUAAAGUAACUAAGGGGUGAGGACGCAAACGUGAAACGUGCAUGAUUGAUCAACAAAAUCAAAUUAAUCUUAUCCUCGUUUUCAAUUCUUCUCCGCCACCGCUGACCACGGCACCACCACCCACCCUCAAAUAGAUCUUCUCCGAUUCUCUACAAACUCCUUGUAAAUAACCAAUCAAACCAUAAUCCUAAAAUUCAACCGAUUCUCUACACUAAGCAUCGCUUAAUUAUUCAAGAUUUGCGGAGAGGGUUUAUAUUGGGCGAUCGAUUUGAUUCGAUCCGUGGAUGGCGGUGUUGUUGGAGGACAUAGUGAAGUCGGUGGAGCAUCUGCUGAAGCUUAUCAGCAAGACCAGCCAGGAACAGACCUAUGUGGACCCCACGCUCGAUCCGGUUCUUCUCGUGCCCGGGAUCGCCGGUUCCAUUCUCAACGCCGUCGACUCCGAAACGGGUCGGACCGAGCGGGUCUGGGUCCGGAUUCUUGGGGCUGAUCACGAGUUCCGGGACAAGCUCUGGUCCCGCUUCAAUCCUGCUACAGGUAAGACAGAGUGCUUAGAUCCUGGCACACAUAUUGAGAUUCCCCAAGAUAGAUAUGGCCUAUACGCAAUUGAUAUGUUGGACCCUGACAUGAUUAUUGGCAGCGAGUGUGUAUAUUAUUUUCAUGACAUGAUAGUUGAGUUUAUCAAAUGGGGUUACAAAGAGGGAACAACACUCUUUGGGUUUGGAUAUGAUUUCCGACAAAGCAAUAGACUUCAGGAAACGCUGGAUCGCUUUGCAGCAAAACUGGAGUCAGUUUAUACAGCUUCUGGAGGGAGAAAAAUAAACAUAAUAAGUCAUUCUAUGGGUGGUCUUCUGACAAAAUGUUUUAUGAGCCUGCAUGCUGAUAUCUUUGAGAAGUAUGUCAAAAGCUGGAUUGCUAUAGCAGCACCAUUUCAAGGUGCACCUGGAUAUAUAACAUCCACAUUUUUAAAUGGGGCAUCGUUUGUUGAAGGAUGGGAACAGAAUUUUUUUAUUUCAAAAUGGAGCAUGCAGCAAUUGCUGCUUGAGUGUCCGUCAAUAUAUGAAUUGAUGGCCUGUUUAGAUUAUAAAUGGGAACACGUUCCCCUUCUUGAAAUUUGGAAAAAGAGAUGUGAUAGUGAUGGGAAUUCCACUACUGUGCUAGAAACUUACCCGCCUGUUGAAGCUAUACCAAUCUUUAUGGAAGCUCUUUCAACAAACACUAUCUGUUACAGUGGUGUUGAUAUGUUCAUGCCAUUCAAUCUUGAAAUUUUAAAAUGGGCUAAUGAGACACGCAAAUUGUUAAGCUCAGCCGUGCUUCCCGAACAAAUUAAAUUCUACAAUAUUUACGGCACAAAUAAUGAGACACCACAUUGUGUUUGUUAUGGAAGUAAUGAGGCCCCAGUCACUGAUUUGCGAGAAUUGCCUACCCUCCAGGCCAGGUACAUAAAUGUUGAUGGUGAUGGGACCGUUCCGCUGGAAUCUGCUAAAGCUGAUGGACUUCGUGCAGUAGCACGUGUUGGGGUCCCAGGGGAUCACCGGGGCAUCCUCUGUGAGCGUCAUGUGUUCAGAAUCCUGAAGCACUGGUUGCGGGCAGACCACGAUCCUUUCUACAACCCGGUAAAUGACUAUGUGAUCCUACCUACUGCUUUUGAAAUGGAAAGCACCAAAACAAAGGGCAUGCAAGUGACUUCUCUCAGAGAGGAAUGGGAAAUUGUUGGGGACGACCAAGACUGCGCAGAGAACAUGGCAGAGAAAGAGCCUUUGGUGGGUUCGAUUACGGUUGCUCGAACGAGCGGUGAUAGGUCUGUCCAGGAGGAAGCUCAUGCUACUGUUACAAUUCAGUCACAAAACGAUGGUAAGAAGCAUGUGGAGCUGAAUGCUGUGUCGAUCUCAGCAAGUGCGUAGAUAUCUCUUGUGAGUUAUCACUAUCUGUAAAUAAAGCUUGUCAUGAAACACUGUGUCCUAUUAUAAACAUUUUAUAUAAAUAUAUAUCGUGUAUAUAUUAAUAUAUGUUACUACUCGAGAAGUAUUGCAUGUUAAUGCUACAAGCCCAUUGGCCUUUAUAUCCUAAUGUAUAUAUUUAAUUUAUUCGAA